ACUGGCAGCCCGGAUAUAUUGCAUAAUUCUGCAUAUUACACCAAAAGUCCUCAUCCGGGUAUCCCUGGGGCACAUCAGAUGGGGGCUAUGUGCUUGUGGUUUUUAAAACUAAGCGGAGUUUCAGAAGUCCGGUAGGUGGCAGUGAAUGUUCUCAGGUAGGGAGGGCAGGUUGCGGGGGGCGUGUGUUCCUCUCGCACAAGCGCUCCCAUGUUGCGUAGUCUGGAAACCUGACGUGGAGAGCAGCCGAGCGGUGAGUGACAGAGUUGCGGCAGGGCAGAUCAGAAAGUGCCUGUGGCCGCGCUCCCCCUGCUCGCGCACUCAUCUCCGGAGACACGGAGUCGCACGAGACUGGCGACACGCUCCGACACCGGUCGGCUGGCCGCGGGUGACCCGAGGAUCCCACUUUGACGAACAGACUCGGGCUCCGCUGGCAGGAAAGGUGGAACUAAACUACAUUCAUUGACUUGAGAGCGAUGCACUGGCAGCAUGGCCAAGUGGUUCAAGGAGCACCUAGGAUUCAAAACUACCAAAGCACCCCCUCCGGCGCCUCCGAAACCGGACUACAGACACUGUCACACCGGUGUGCCCGGUGCGCCUGGCUACCAACAAACAAGCUCCGGGGCCACCUUCCCCAGCCCCGCUCAGCCGGACAUCCUCGCUGCUUACAAACUACAAAAGGAGCUGGACUUCGAGGACCCGUACACUCCAGGUGGAAAUAUUUCCUUUGGUCCGAGCUUGAACACUGUGGGGUCGCCGGAUAUCAAGUAUGUGUCACCAAAACACCGACUCAUCAAGGUGGAAACAAUCGAAAAGAGCAGCCCAGCUCCUGGCGGCGGUGUCACAGUCACCCAAGCUGUUGCUGUAGGGAGUGUUAAAUCUCCCACUUCACCUCCCUCGGACCACGACAACAAGGAGAAGCUCAUUAUCCUUGAAGACUAUGCUGACCCUUUCGAUGCUGAGCAGGCUGGUGGCACUCAGACCAGUACGGAAAAAGUGACAACCGAGAAUGAUGGCUACAUGGAGCCAUAUGAGGCCCAGAAGAUGAUGGCAGAAAUACGAUCUGGUGGACGAGGACCUAAGGAAGGAUCGGUGAGGCAGCUGCCCCUAUACGACACGCCGUAUGAGCCAGCCGAGAACGGUGGAGACUCGGACCCUGAGCGCUUGCGCUGCCCCAGAGAAAGCCGACUGCCCCAGGAUGACGAGCGACCCCCUGAGGAGUAUGACCAGCCCUGGGAGUGGAAGAAAGAGAGGAUUUCCAAAGCCUUUGCAGCUCUGCUUUGUUAUGACUGCAUUAGCUACGAGGGCUCUGUAAAUGGCACUGGAUCAGGUCCCCACGGAAGAAAGGACUGCACCUCUAAAUCCCUCACAGUAGAGAUUAAAGUGAUCAAGGACCUACCGUGGCCCCCUCCUGUCGGGCAGCUCAACACCAGCCCUCCCCUGGUGGAGGAGCUGGAGUCUCCCUCCCAGACAGCUCAGCCCUCGCCAGGACAGACAAGCUGUGACCAGCACCACCAUGUCCAGUUUGAUGGUGUGGAGAAGUCUCGAAUGUCGCCUACCAAGGAGGGGAAAACCCGACCGCUGCAGCGACACUCCAGUGGCUGUCUGGUCAACACCAAAAUGACCUCUCUGGACCACUGCAGCUCUCUCGGGGAGCGUAUUGACCCAACCACACCUCUGGAGAGCCAGUUCUGGUACCAUGGAGCAAUCAGCCGAACAGAUGCAGAGUCUCUGCUCAGGCUGUGUAAGGAGGCCAGCUACCUGGUGAGAAACAGCGAGACCAGCAAGAACGACUACUCCCUCUCCCUUAAGAGCAGCCAGGGCUUCAUGCACAUGAAGCUGUCGCGGACCAAGGAGAACAAGUACAUCCUGGGCCAGAACAGCUGCCCUUUUGACAGCGUGCCUGAGAUCAUCCAUUUCUACUCCAGCCGCAAGCUGCCCAUCAAGGGUGCCGAACACAUGUCCCUGCUGUACCCUGUAGCCAUCAGGACACUAUAGUGCUCUGGGUCACCUGCAGGCGUCGGCCCCCGCAGUACUCACUGGGCCACCCUGUGGCUCCACGCUUCCUGUCCCUCUGGACAGAGCCCAGUAGGCUCAUGGGAAGAUGAACAGUGGCAUCCCAAAACUGCUGAUCCUGACUCACCUCACUGGCCAACAAGAUUCCAGACCUGUUUUGAAGGCCUACUGCAUACUAUCUUACACAUACAGACUCAAUGUUGCAGAAGUCUUUAUUAUUUUAUUUUAUUUAUGACAGACACCCACUUCAUUACACCACAGACUGAGUAUCGGAUGAACACCAUUUCAUUGAUUCUCGAGCUGAUUUCCCUUAGCACUUAACACGCAAAGAAAAAGAAAGGUACAACAUUGUAACAUUUGUCGCCGGGGUGUACCUUUUAUCAUAAAACGUUGUACCUUUUAAGUAAGAGUGUACAUGGAAAAUUGUGUAUGAACAAGUUUGUUUGACUUUGCUCAUUUGGUUAGGCUCUGUUGAUACUGUAAUCGUUUGUGAGGGGACUUGAAGAUUGUAAGGCGACAUUUAUGAGGCAUGUUGGGGGAUAUUGUCCACACGGGCCCCAUACAGUGGCCAGGAUAUUGAAUAAACUGGCCUUGUAUGAAUAGUGUGUCCCCAGCUGCGCGGAAAUAACAGGCCUGUGAACAGUGCAGACUGAUCUCUCUAUCUUGUCAUAGUGCAUGCUGUCUGCUAUCCAUCACUGAGUGGGUGUAUCACACCAAUGACAGUGUAAGUACCAUCGUGGUGAGACAGGCAGGAGAGCAUGAUGGAUGGGUCAACCCAUCCGACACAGUACAAUUGGCUAAGGCUGGAGACCAGAGCCUGUCCAAAUGGACCAAAUUAGCCCCGCUACCCCUGCUUAGAAUGGCUUUGCAUCGGGCGAAUGAAAUAUGCCUGCAUUGUCUACCUCAGAAAAUCAAUUUCAUUCGCCCAUCUGCAGAUCAAUAGGUACAAUGGGAUUGCAAACAUCGAUCUGCCCUCCCUUCGACAUUCCCAAUUCCCCUAAAAUUGCAGCAUUGGUUUUAGGAAUAUGUUGGGUUUUUUUAAUACAAUUAAUACAAGAUUUUUUUUUACAAAAAGACAAGCAGAUUUUCCAGAUCAGCAAUUGUAUGUAUAGUCACUAAUAUGAUACGGUGUGAUGUCAGUAACAAAUGUUUGGUUAAUGCCUUAUAAUGCAUGGGUCAAAUCAGUCCGCUAGAUCAGCUGAUUUCCAAUUCUGCUUUUAACGAUUGUUCUGUGACUGUAAUUUAUUCUGGGGUAAUUAUUACUGAUGUGUUACUCCUUUGUGAUGGCCCGUCGGCCCCCUUGCCCUCAUUGUUCUGUGCCGAUGUGAUCGUGUUUUUCGGGACUACUCCAUCUUCUACUGUGGUGCUUUGCAUUUUUGUUGUUUCAAGUUCUGCUAAAUGCACGUUUGCCUCGGUGGCCUGACUCUGGAACAAGAGUCAUGGCGUCUCCUGACCAACGGGAUUGUCAAGCCUCACGUGAGAGACCAAUCACAGCGCAGCCUGUUCUUUAACCUCUCAUGCUUCCACUUUGCAUUAAAAUCUCUCUAUUAUCUACUCUUUACUACCAGAUGUGCAUACAUGUGUGAAUGUGAGUGAGUAUGCAUGUGUCCAACACGUUCAUGUGUACGGUAUAUGUAUGCAUAUGAGAAUGUGUGCACAGACUUUCUGAGUUCCAGUGUGUUUUUUACCCUGCUGGUACAAACUGGUGACGGCCUUUGCUUGAACCUCUUUGGUUGUCAGCGCCUUUUGUUUUUCUCCCCUGAACUCAAGAAACUAGAAUUUAGCCCUAUGACUCACAAAUUUUCAUUUCUCCUUGCAUUCACUCAUUAACCACCAUUUGAUUUUAGCAACUCAUAGAAAUGACAAGUCCGUCUUGUGGCCUGCUCUCUGCAGUUUAUUGUAACAGACCCAAUAAUAUUUCAGCCCACAGCAUUUAAUAUUGCUGACCAAUUAUAAUUUGCUUGUAUGGUCAAACUGCCUCUUCAGAGGAAACAUUUGUGUCUUAUGAGUUGCAGAAUUCUGUGGUUUAAUGUGCAAAUCCAAGUAAAAAUGGAAAUUUUGGAGGGCUUUGGUCCAAGCUGAAAAUGACUGACACUAGGAAUUAGAAACUGAUUUUAGCGAAUAUGACCACUGUAUAUGCAAAGUCAAAUACAUUUUGGCUUUGACUAUAGCUCCGCUGCGUGCUAUGCAACUAUGAACUGCAGUCAUUGAAGGGAAAAUGAUUGGAGUGUGUGCCUCCACCAGAUGUUUAUGACAAAUGUGAUGGUACAAAACGUCCACCAGGAAGAGAUGUAAUCACAAGAAUGACAUGAUUAGUAAAAAGAAUAGUUGGCAGAAAGUGGGAUGUAUACAGACGUUUAUUUUGUCGGUGCAGUAAGUGAGCAGGCAGAUGUUGCUGUCAUCAGAUAAGUAUGUCAUAUGAGGGUGGCUGUUCAUGUGAUAAGGCAACCUCUGCAGCUUUAAGGAAUAGUAUGUUGUCGAAGUGGACCUAUGUAUUUCCUUGAGAGAACAUAUCCUAAGAAGAAAUGGAAAAAGAAAUAAACUAUAUAAACUUGAUUUAUCCUUUAUGUUCCAAAUGUUCCCUGUUUAAGAGAUCAAAUGUUGACAGUAGAGGCUAUUUAUUUAGUUACUGCUGCUGUUGAGUAUUACUCUACUAUAGGAAAGAGCCUGCGUGUGAUGGCCGCACUGCCUGGAGAGAGGCCUUAGCUUUGGAGAAAGGGAAAAUGAAAAUAAGGGGGAGACAGAGGGGAGGGUGUUGUGACGGUGGGAGGGAUUUGCUGCAAUCUGCAGACACACUCCACAUUCGUAUAUUUCUAUUAUGAGAACCUGACAGAGCCCUUCUCCUCCCUCUGAAGUGUCUUAAAGCGCGUGUGUGUGUGUGUACACACAAUUGUGCAUGCAUGAAACAGUGUUUGUGUGGGUGAGUGUGCGUGUGUACUGGUGUAAGCGACCAUCAGCCAUUGACUUGCCCCGUGUGUAUCUUGUGUAUCACUUUACUGUGGUAAAGUGGCAUGUAUGAGUUUUCUUUGUGUACAUUUUCGUGCCACGUAUGUAUGCACUACUAUAACAUAUCUCUGUACAGUCCCUCAUGGCCAAAUGUAUAUACUGAAUGUAUUGUAUGGGGACAUAGAGGCAUCAAGGUUCAAAAUAAAUAAAAUUGGGUUUAUGAGUUAAUGUGUAA